AGCUGACUGAGCGGUGUCACGUGACGGUCGUUGCCUUUACAGUCGAAGCUGCUCACUUACAUUUCUUUACACUCGACCGGAGAGGUUGUCCAUCACGGGGUUUGUCUAAAGGUCAGAGUGGAGUUAAACGGAAGCCACUGAAGAAUAAAAAGAAGUAGUCUCGAGACUGGAGGAAGGAGAAGAAGGAGAAGAAGAAGGAGUUAGGAGCACAGAUUCGGAGUUGUGGAGCGCAUCCUCUUCCGUCUCCCUUCCUGUGAAUAAGAGCAGGUCACUGGAUUUCAGAAUGCAUUUGGCGGUGCUGCUGUUGGUGUCCGCGCUCUCCGGGGCCACCUUGGCCCUCGACAACGGAGAGAUGAGGGUCCCUCCGAUGGGCUGGUUGGCAUGGGAACGCUUCCGCUGUGACAUUGACUGCGCACACGACCCCAAGAACUGCAUCAGUGAGGAUCUGUUCAUCGACAUGGCAGACCGACUGUCGGAGGACGGCUGGAGGGAACUCGGCUACGUCUAUGUGAACAUAGACGACUGCUGGUCCUCCAUGAAGAGAGAUGAGAAGGGGCGGCUGCAGGCCGACCCGAAACGGUUCCCAGGAGGCAUCCACAAGCUGGCACGCUAUAUGCAUGACAGGGGUCUCAAGCUGGGCCUCUACGGGGACCUGGGCACACACACCUGUGGGGGGUACCCCGGCACCACACUGGACAAGAUCGAGUUAGACGCUCAGACUUUGGCCGACUGGGAGGUGGAUAUGUUUAAAUUCGACGGCUGUUACUCUAACGCCACAGAGCAAGCGAAGGGUUACCCUCUCAUGUCAAAGGCCUUAAAUGCUACGGGACGUCCCAUUGGCUACUCCUGCAGUUGGCCAGCCUACCAGGGGGGCCUGCCACCUAAGGUGAACUACACUCAGUUGGGGGAGAUCUGCAACCUGUGGCGUAACUAUGGCGACAUCCAGGACUCCUGGGACAGUGUCCUGAACAUUAUUGACUGGUUCUUUGAGAACCAGGAGGUCCUGGCACCUGCAGCUGGACCUGGAAAGUGGAACGACCCGGAUAUGCUGAUUGCUGGCGACUUCGGCCUCAGCAUGGACCAGUCCCGGGCUCAGAUGGCUCUGUGGGCGAUUAUGGCUGCUCCACUUUUCAUGUCCAAUGACCUGCGCACGAUCAGCAGCGGGGCCCGCAGCAUCCUGCAGAACAAAAUGGCCAUCAGCAUCAACCAGGACGCCAUGGGCAUCCAGGGAAGGCGCAUUGUAAAGGAGAAGAAUGGCAUUGACGUGUCCUGGCGUCCGCUGUCAAACAAUGCAAGUGCGUUGGUAUUCUUCAGUCGUCGUAACGACAUGCCCUACCGCUACCAGACGACCCUCGGCAAACUCAACUACACCGCUGGCAGCUACAAGAUCUAUGACGUCUUCACUGAGAAGACCACAACGCUGAAAGACACCACUGGCUUCGUGGUGUCAGUGAACCCCACCGGCGUGGUCAUGUGGCACGUGUCUGCGCCCGCCAAAAGGAACCUUCGCCAGUUCUAUAAAGGCGGCCGACUCCAGGGAUUUGCAUUUGGCAAUGAUGACGAAAACGUUGUUCCUCAUGCCUUCCUCUGAUCGCUCACUGACGUUGUCACAUGAUAUGGAUUGUGUCUUCUUUUUUUUAAAAGGCACGAUCUAUAUUGCAAGUAUAAAGUCACUUAAAGCUCAAGGGGGGCAGCCAUUUUGCGUCUGCAUAUAUCACUAAUUUCCUCAAAUUCUAUACGUGAAAAUAUCCAAAACAUAAAACACCUCUAUUAAAGUGGGAAACAUUUUGCACACAAUUUACGUGUUUCUGUGCUUCACAGGUUAUGAGAGCUGAUCAUAAUGUGUAUCUCUGAGCUGAAAAACUGAUCGUAGAUCAGCACUAAGACUCAGAAGCCUCCGCUGCUCUGCUCUUAUUGAAACAUUUGAAGUAAGCAGCUUUAAGGACAAUAAAGGCUUAUACAAUGCUAGUUUUUCUGAAUGUUUAAUAAAAGGAAAUCGGUUUCAGCCUUUGAAGAUCUGUUUGUUGUAUUGCUCAGGAUAAUAAAAGCUCUGAACGUGUGUUUAAGAAAUGAAGAUUUUUAUAAAAAAUGAUUCUGUGAAUAAUGCAUUUUUGUCUUUACUGAAAUAAAUGAUUUGGCAAAAGUU